AUGAAGGCCCAAAGACCAGGCCUGGCCCUUUUCGCCGCUUGCCUAUUCAGUGGCCUUGCCUCGGCUAUCAUCCCGCCUGGACUGAGCCAGCAGUACCUCAGCAGCCAGAAGGAUGGGCACAGAGGCGGCGUCGCCAGUGAGACACGGGAGUGCAGCGAGAUUGGGCGAGAUAUUCUCGCGCAAGGCGGCAAUGCUGUCGAUGCCCUGGUUGGGACGACAUUCUGCGUCGGCGUCAUCGGCAUGUACCACUCCGGCAUUGGAGGCGGUGGCUUCAUGCUGGUGCGCGAUACAGACGGGCAGUACGAGGCGAUCGAUUUCCGCGAGUCUGCGCCUGCAGCAGCCUACGAGGACAUGUACCAGGGCAAUGUCGACGGCAGUGUCUAUGGUGGCCUUUCGGCUGGUGUGCCUAGCGAGCUUGCCGGACUGGAAUAUGCCCACAAGAAAUACGGCUCGCUACCAUGGCACACAGUCAUGGCUGGUGCGAUACACAUGGCCAAGGAUGGGUUCAAAGUGUCGCCCGAUCUCAUCAAGUAUAUACACCUAGCUACGAAGAACCAAACCAACUUCUUGGUCGAGGAUCCGAUUUUUGCAGAGGAAUUCGCCCCAAACGGCACCAUGCUACAACUAGGCGAAACCAUGACUCGACCACGAUAUGGGCGCACAUUGCAAUUGAUCGCGGAGCAUGGAUCAGAGGCCUUUUACAAGGGCGAAAUUGCCGAGUCCAUUAUCAAGACGAUCCAGGACACCAACGGCACCAUGACACUCGAGGACAUGGCCAACUACAAAGUCAUCUCACGCAAAGUCGCCUCAGCCUCCUAUCGUGGCGCGCAGCUCCAUGCCGUGGGCACGCCAGCCAACGGCGCAGUCUGCCUCAACAUCCUCAAGAUUAUGGAGCAGUUUGACCUGGAGGACGCCGACGACAUGGGCCUUACGUGGCAUCGGUACGACGAGGCGCAGCGCUUUGCCUACGGUGCGCGCUUGGAACUAGGCGACCCCAGCUUCGUCGCCCACAUGAGCGAGAUGGAAGACGACAUGAUCAGCACCGCAAAGGCCGAGGAGAUCAGGGACCUGAUCAGGGACGACGAGACAAUGCCCGUGGACUACUACGAUCCUAAGCGCCUGUACACGACAGAUAGCCACGGGACGUCACACAUCUCCGCCGCCGACGCGUCGGGCAUGGCUGUCUCGUUGACGACGACUGUCAAUCUGCUCUUUGGCGCGCAAAUCAUGGAUCCUCUCUCUGGUGUCAUAAUCAACAACGAGAUGAACGACUUCUCCAUCCCCGGUGUGCCCAAUGAGUUCGGCUUCGCCCCCUCCGAGGCCAACUUCAUCCGUCCGCACAAGCGACCUCUGUCCUCCAUCACACCCAUCAUCGCCUCCCGCUCCGAUGGCACUCUCCUCGCGGUGGUGGGUGCCGCCGGUGGCUCUCGCAUCGUGUCCUCCACGGCGCAAGUCCUGUGGCACACCAUAGAACACAACAUGACCCUCACGCAAGCCCUCGCCCAUCCACGUGUCCAUGACCAGCUGCUGCCAAACGUAUCACUCAUAGAAUACGCCAUGGACAAUGACACUGUCAAUGCGCUGCGCGAACGAGGCCACGAGAUCAAAUACACAGACCCCGUCGUGAGCUCCGUGCAGGGCGUGUGGAGGCACGACAAUGGCAUGUUCGAGGCAGCAGGAGAGCCUCGCCAGAAGAACAGCGCCGGGCUCACAUUAUAA